AUGGUCAUGUGGAUGAUCCUUCUGGUCGUGGUGUUGGUUGUCAGUAUGCUGUUGGAUGUGAACAUCAUGACGAGCAGCGGGCGAGAGCGAACACAUCCGUGGAUUCCGAUGCUGGGUGAUGAUGAUCAUGACCUGCGCGACGGCCACGACAACAGUGUUGGUGAAUUAGCCAUGACGAUGAAAGAGGUAGUUGAUGAUGGCGAUGACAGCUCAGCCAACGCUGAAGCACCCUUCAGCAUCAAGUCCCUGGCCGGUCAUCAGAUGCUCAAGAAGGUGAUGCCCUUAGUUGAAAAGACUGAGGAGGCGGAGGAGACCAGCCCCGCAGGGGAGAAACGGCCCCGUUUCAGGACGGACACCACGAGCAGCUCCUCUGCCGAGGCUCCGACGCCGCAGGACAGAAGUCCUUCGGCUGCCCAGAGCUUGCAAGUGGUGGUGGAUGUCAUCUCCAAAGGAAGCUCCGUGGGCGUCAUGGAGCUGAUGGAAGGCCUCACUUACCAAUGCACUGUGAUCUCGGCUCCGCUGGCAGAGAUUUACUCCAUUUCCAAGUUCGACUUCAUCAGGGCACACAAGACCAUCACGCACCGGCUGUUCUGCAACUACAAGGCCCGCUUGUCAGACUCGCAGCUGAUAUGGCGGCUGGUGCAGAAAUACAGGUGGGAUCACUACAAGAAAGGGCUUCUGUCGGAGAUCCGUUCCUGGCACAGCUCCGCAAGCCGUGGAAUCAUCGACAGGGAAGACCCGGCCCCCAUGACCGGCGCCAGCUCUUUGGGAGAUGAGACCUGCCUUCGCGUCGGCCGUGGCGAGAAGCUCUGGGACGCGCGGGCACAGACGCCGCCAAACGCGACGUACGAUCCCGACCGAGCGGUCAAGCAGAUCUUCCACGUGGAGUGCACGCGAGACGAGCACGGCAAGCCCGUCGUCACCGUCGAUCGCGAGCAGCGGGAUGCUUCCAUGGACGACUUCGAACGGAAGCUGCAGGACACCAUGGCAACAGCCCGGUACAGAGACAAGCUCCGGAGGACGGCGAAGAACGUGGCCGCUGGUGCGGAGCUAGAGAGCGGCUCGACGAAGGCCGGCCCGAACGCUGUGGCCUUGACGCAGGAGCUCGAGGAAGCGGCGAAGAAGACCCUGGAGGAGUACCAGCAGGUCCAGAAGGAGCGUAUCGAGGGACUGCGGCAAGCAGCAAGGGACAAGGUGAAGUCCGAAAAGAAGGAGCCCAGACGCUCUGCGAGGCCGACAUUGCGGAAGAAUCACUUCAGACAGGACUUUGCAGGUCCUGCGAGUGCCAGGGGGCCUACCAGCCCAAGGGAUAAGCGAGCGACGGUGGCUGCUCCGGGCUCACCGGAGCCCGGAUCCGUUUCCUUGCCCGCCGUACGUAAAGUGCGGAGUAUCCCAACAAGACUCCAGCCGGGAGAUUCAAGGCCGUCGUCAACCUCACCCGUACCCUCGCCCAGAAGUUCAAGAAGGUCGCGCCAAUCUGGGUCUCGCGAAACAGGCGGGUGA